AUGGAGCGCGACGUCUGCGCGGGGGACGGGAGCGGCGGCGGCGAGGGCGGCCGAGGCUCCCGGGAGGGCCCGGCGGGGAACGGCCACGACCCGAGCCACGGCCGCGCAGCCCAGGCGCCCGGGGACCGGCAGGCGGCCGCGUCCUUGCUGGCCCCCAUGGACAUGGGGGAGGAGCCGCUGGAGAAGGCGGCGCACGCCCGCACGGCCAAGGACCCUAACACCUACAAGGUGCUCUCGCUGGUAUUGUCAGUCUGUGUGUUAACAACCAUCCUUGGCUGUAUAUUUGGGUUGAAACCAAGCUGUGCCAAAGAAGUUAAAAGUUGCAAAGGUCGCUGUUUUGAGAGAACAUUUGGAAACUGCCGCUGUGAUGUUGCUUGCGUUGACCUUGGAAACUGCUGUCUGGAUUACCAGGAGACAUGUAUAGAACCAGAACAUAUAUGGACUUGCAGCAAGUUCAGGUGUGGUGAGAAAAGAUUGCCCAGAAGCCUUUGCUCCUGUUCAGAUGACUGCAGAGAAAAGGGUGACUGCUGUGUCAACUACGGCUCUGUGUGCCGAGGAGAGAAAAGUUGGGUGGAAGAAACCUGUGAGGACAUUAAUGAGCCAAAGUGUCCAGCAGGGUUUGAAAUGCCUCCUACCCUCUUAUUUUCUUUGGACGGCUUCAGGGCAGAAUAUUUACACACUUGGGGCGGCCUUCUUCCUGUUAUUAGCCGACUAAAAAACUGUGGAACGUAUGCCAGAAACAUGAGACCAGUAUAUCCAACAAAAACGUUUCCCAAUCACUACAGCAUUGUCACCGGGCUUUAUCCAGAAUCCCAUGGCAUAAUUGACAACAAAAUCUAUGAUCCCAAGAUAAACGCUUUCUUUGCACUUAAAAGUAAAGAGGUCUAUAAUCCUAAGUGGUACAAAGGAGAACCAAUUUGGAUCACUGCUAAAUCUCAAGGCCUGAAAAGCGCCUCAUUUUUUUGGCCAGGAUCAGAUGUGGAAAUUAAUGGAAUUCGCCCAGACAUCUAUAAAAUGUAUAAUAGUUCAAUACCAUUUGAAGAAAGGAUUUUGGCUGUUCUUAAGUGGUUGCAGCUUCCUAAAGGUGAAAGACCACACUUUUACACUCUGUAUUUAGAAGAACCAGAUUCUUCAGGUCAUUCAUAUGGACCAGUCAGCAGUGAGGUCAUCAGAGCAUUGCAGAGGGUUGACAACAUGGUUGGUAUGCUGAUGGAUGGUCUAAAGACGCUGAACUUGCAUCAAUGCCUGAACCUCAUCCUUGUUUCAGAUCAUGGCAUGGAACAAGGCAAUUGCAAGAAAUUUGUGUAUCUGAAUAAAUAUUUGGGAGAUGUUAAAAAUAUUAAAAUUGUAUAUGGGCCUGCAGCCCGCUUGAGACCCACUGAUGUCCCAGAUAAGUACUUUUCAUUUGACUAUGAAGACCUUGCCAGAAAUCUUUCUUGCCGGGAACCAAACCAGCACUUCAAACCUUACCUGAAGCAUUUCUUACCGAAGCGUUUGCACUUUGCCAAAAACGAUAGGAUUGAGCCCUUGACAUUCUAUUUGGAUCCUCAGUGGCAACUUGCAUUGAGUCCUUCAGAAGGGAAACAUUGUGGAAUUGGAUUCCAUGGUUCUGACAAUAUAAUUUCAAAUAUGCAAGCCCUCUUUAUCGGCUAUGGACCUGGAUUCAAGCACAGCUUUGAAGUUGACUCUUUUGAAAAUAUUGAAGUCUAUAACUUAAUGUGUGAUUUAUUGAAUUUGAUACCUGCCCCUAAUAAUGGAACUCAUGGAAGUGUUAACCACUUUCUAAAGAAUCCUGUCUACACUCCAAAGAAUCCCAAAGAAGCCCAGUCCUUGGUACAGUGCCCCUUCACAAGAACGUCCAGAUAUAACCUUGACUGCUCAUGUGAUCCCUCAGUUUUGCCAGUUGUGGACUUUGAGAUACAGUUGAAUUUGACCAUGGCCGAAGAGAAGGUUAUGACGCGCAGCACUUUACCCUAUGGCAGACCCAGAGUUCUCCAGAGGGACAGCACCAUUUGCCUUCUUUACCAGCACCAGUUUGUGAGUGCUUACAGCCGUGACAUCCUGAUGCCCCGUUGGACAUCCUACACUGUUGACAGAAAUGACAGUUUCUCUACAGAAGGCUUUUCCAACUGUCUCCAUGAGGAUCUCCGAAUUCCCUUCAGUCCUAUCCAUAAGUGUUCAUUUUAUAAAGAUAACGCUGAACUAAGUUACGGGUUCCUCUGCCCACCUCAACUAAAAAAAGGUUCAAGCCAACUACAUUCUGAAGCAUUGCUUAAUACUAACAUGGUGCCAAUGUACCCGAGUUUUCAAGUGAUAUGGCACUACUUUCACGGCACCCUACUGCCAAGGUAUGCAGAAGAAAGAAACGGUGUCAACGUUGUCAGUGGCCCUGUGUUUGACUCUGAUUAUGAUGGACGUUAUGAUUCCUCAGAGAUCCUGAAGCAAAACCACAGACGCAUCCGUAAUCAAGAAAUUCUGAUCCCAACUCACUUCUUCAUUGUGCUAACAAGUUGUAAAAACACAUUCCAGACUCCCUCACACUGUGAAGAUUUAGACACCUUAGCUUUCAUUUUGCCUCACAGGACUGACAACAGUGAGAGCUGUGUGCAUGAGAAGCAGGACUCCUCAUGGGUUGAAGAGUUGUUGAAGCUACACAGAGCUCGGAUCGUAGAUGUCGAACUCCUCACUGGACUCAGCUUCUAUCAAGAAAGAAAAGAGCCAAUUUCAGAAAUUUUGAAGUUGAAAACACAGUUGCCAACUUUUAACCAAGAAGACUGAUAUUUUUUACUCCAAGAACACAUCAUAAAUGGUUUUCAAAGAACCUGCUGUUUUAUACAGUCCUCUCUCCGCGCUGUCGCAUUAUUUUGAAACUGUCGACCAGAGUUAGAGCUGAGAAUCCUCUGCGAUACGACCAUCUCAGGGAACCCUGUGGCCUCAGCCUGGCAGUAGGAAAAUGCUCUUCUCGAGUCUCGCACAUGUUUGAAUGUGUAAGAAUUGUUCCAAUUUGGGGAAGAAAGACGAAAGACAGGCUGUACCUAAAACUGCUCUUCUAUUCUCUUAAGGGCAGAAGUAGCUGUGAAAGUUGUCUGGACACCAGAUAUUUGAACCUUAUUUUCAUUAAUAAACUUUUUGGAACUGGCAAACACGGCACUAAUGGAUAGGAUUGGAAUAAUCUGUGUUACAUCAUCAGAUCAGUAUUUUUACAAGAAUUUAAAAGUGAUUCUGGAUUAUUUUUAACUUGGAUUUUAGUUUUAACCAAAAAAAUUAGUGGAAGCAAAAAUAUCUGCAAGGCCCUCUUUCUGUCUUUUUUGUGUACCCUUUCAAAAGCCAAAGUAUGUAAUCCUGUGGGUUUAUUUUUUAAAUUGUGAUUUGCUAAUUUCAGAUUUAAUGUCUUUAACAAGUUAAAUUCUGAGGCAACAUCUGUGAAUUGAGUAGUGAGUGUAUCUACCUGGUAUAAAAUUUUACCCUACAUUUGUAUAAAGAAAAGAAAGAUAUUCCCAUCUUGCUCACUGGUAAUUAACAUAGGUCGAAAAUAUCUCUAAAUGCGGGUUUUUUUGACUGUUAAAAAAAUGUCUUGAUGAAACUUGUCAACCUGUGCAAAGUGGCAUUUUUCAUUUUUCAUCACGAUGGUAAGAACAUUCCUCUAUGCAUAAAAAUGACCCCACCAGCAACAGAAUUAAUGCUGAUUUGUUCAUUUUGAGGUUCCAUAGAUUUGAAGAGCAUGUGUAGCCAUUGCUUUACAACUUCUUGGUGGUCAUGAUAAAUAAACUUGAUCCACUCUAUAGACUAUACUUGUCAGUUCCAGCCUGUGGACCUUCAAUGGCUACUUUCAUUUGGCUACCUGGGUUUGAUUUACCUGGGUUUUUAUUACUAUACCCAAAAAUGAAAGUUUUUAUUUGCCUUUCAUAUGAUGAUCAUUUUUCAACAGACUAUGGGCCACAAAAUCCUUUAGAUAAUACAAUUUGUAUCCAAAAAAUAUUUAAUAAUUUAGAAAAUUUCAUUGGUGUUUUAGUCCCAUUGGCCUUGAGGGUUUAUACAUUGUAUUGUUUAUUUUCCCAGUCUGUCUUCUCUGUUCAGUUUGAGUCAUUUCUAUUGUUCUGUCUUUAAGUUCACUGAUAAUUUUCUCUUUUUAAUCCAUUUUGUUGUUGAGCCCAUCCAUUGAUUUUU